AUGCCCCUCAAGAGAUCUCGACUCUCUCCUGGAGACCCUCCGGAAGAAAACGACAGCAAUAGCAAGCAAUGGGAGGAUGCCAGGUGUCCCGUCUGCAUGGAACACCCCCACAACGCCAUCCUCCUGACGUGCUCGUCCCACGGCAGGGGCUGCCGCCCCUUCAUUUGCGACACGAGCUACCGCCACUCCAAUUGCUUCGACCAGUUCCGCAAGUCGUUUCUCAGCGAUGAUCCCGAGGCCUUGGACAAGCCGAAGCAGCUGGUCUGCCCUCUUUGCCGGGGCUCGGUCAGUGGGUGGGUUGUGGUCGAGCCGGCCCGGGAGUUGAUGAACGCUAAGGUAAGGAGCUGCGCAUCCGAGACGUGUGACUACAGUGGGAGCUACAAGGAGCUUAGGAGGCACGCGAGAUUGGUGCACCCGCUGGCAAGGCCCGCUGAUGUCGACCCGGAGAUGCAGCACAACUGGCGGAGGCUGGAGAGGGAGCGGGACCUGGGGGACCUGCUCAGUACCCUCCGUAUGUCCAUGGAAAACGAGAUAAACGAGGGCGGCUGGCUGAUCAUGUUUUUCCUUGUGAGGUUCAUUGGGCCCCCGAGAGGUUCGGACGGGUCAAGGGGCGGUGAUACCGUGAGGGCUUUGAGGAGGCUGUGGUAUGAUGGGGAAGCUGAGGAUGAGGGGGCCGGUGGUCAGGAGGAUGGGCCUGGGCCCAGCCGGUAUGUGAGGAGGCGUAGUAAUCCUGAUGCCACUGACUGA